UUGCGCUGUCAAAUCUUUCCUCGUGUGAUUUCGCUCGCCCCCGUCUUGUUCUUUUUCGACACCCCGUGGCGAUUACACGCGUUUUCACCCGCUCCCGCUUGGGUUGAAAAUUUUCCUUGCCUAACCGCGCUCUUCAAAUCUUUAACCAACAACAAUGGGUGUCCCAGCUGGUGAUGUUGAGAAGGGCAAGAAGCUGUUCGUGCAGCGGUGCGCCCAGUGCCACACCGUCGAGGCCGGUGGCAAGCACAAGGUCGGCCCGAACCUGCACGGACUGUUCGGCCGCAAGACGGGCCAGGCCGCCGGCUUCAGCUACACCGACGCCAACAAGGCCAAGGGCAUCACCUGGAACGAGGAUACGCUGUUCGAGUACCUGGAAAACCCGAAGAAGUACAUCCCCGGCACCAAGAUGGUGUUCGCCGGCCUGAAGAAGCCGCAGGAGCGUGGCGAUCUGAUCGCCUACCUGAAGUCGGCCACCAAGUAAGGUGCAUAAGGGGUCGAAUUACCCGUGGGGGUGUGCGGUGGUGCUCGUGGUGUACUGUUAAGAACGGGUAUCGGUGUCCUAAAUUCAGCCAAAACACUGCUACAGAUAGAAGAGAGAAAAUAGAACACACACACUCACUCAAGCUUCUUCUCCAUUGAGAUUCGGAACGUUUAAGAUCAGCAAAAGAACCGUAUAAAAUAGGAAACAGACAGAUAGAGAGAUAGGCAUGAGCGCACAGAGAGAUAGGGAGAGCGAGCAUCCUUUCGCCAGAUGGGAAGGCUCCACACCCCACCCCAUCCAAACGAUUAGGACAAUGUCUAUGUAAAUCUAUUUAAUUUAAUUUAUGCUAGAAUUAAAAUAGUUUGACAGAAAUCGGUUUUUGAUCGAUCGCCGGGAAACUGGAAGGAGGAGAAGCGGGGGCAGUCGCGCGUGUGUUUCGACGCACGGAUCUUGUGUGGUGCCACGGUGGUGGCACGGUUCUCUAGCAGACGAUCCUUUCCAGCGAUUGUUUUUGCGUGGCUUGGGAGGAUCGUUCUGUAGGAUGAUGGUGCGCGUGGCAUCGGCGGUUCGGACACAAUCGGAUCCGGUUUAGUUCAAUUUUCAGCAAAUCGAACGUUGUAGUAUUAUCACUAUCAAAGAGAAUUGUUUUCAACCCAAAAAACGGAAUGAGGUGUGACGCUGAAUAAAAAACACGGAAACCAAAACAGUAAAA